UUUACUGAAUCUUCUACUCUUUCAAGGUUGGUAGAGUAUUAUUUGUAUAUGUUUGCUCUGUAUUUGAGGAAGUUUUCUACGUUAUGUUCUGAGAACCUUCCGUCUUGCAUCCCAUCAGCUCAUAGGUAAUUAGGACCGCAGAAUUGUUAGUGACAGCCUGAUCCCUCCCUCUACUAUAAGGUUCUUUAACAUGGAUAAAUGUUCAAUGGAAGGAUUAGAGUUGACUAAACACACUCCUUUUUCGUUAGGGAGUAGUCUCAUGGAUGUAGGAAAUUCAUUUGGUGACUCUACAAGUUCUUUAGUCAGUACAUCUAGAAAUUCAUCUUUAGAAGAGGAUGAUGAUGAUGUUGUAUUUAUUGAAUCUAUACAACCUUCUUCAACUUCUGCGCCAGCAGUAGCUGAUCAGAGAAACUUUGCAUCAUCAAAAAAUGAAAAACUCCAAGGAAGUUAUUCCAUAAUAUUUCCAUCUUCAAGAGAUUUGGCGCCUAAGACGGGAAAUAUAAGUGAGACAAUAGUUAUCGAUGAUGAAGACAUAGAAACAAAUGGAGCAAAUAAAUAUUCUUCCAGUUUUAUUGAAUGGGGACUUCCUGGAACUAAAAAUAGAACCAAAGAUUGGGAUUUCUCCACUACCAGUCUUUCAAGAAGUAAGACCAAGACGGGAGUAGAACCUUUUAAUCCUGGUAGAAUGAAUAUGUCAGAAGAUGUAAUACAGAAUGGAGGAUUUUCAGCUCAUCAUAGUCCUGAUUCUUGGAUCUCCCAGUCAGCAUCAUUUCCCCGUAUUCAGAAACAACCAAGGGUGAAUUCUUUAUCACCUGUGGCCUCCCUUCCUAAACAGAUUUUCCAGCCUUCAACCCAGCCACGACUUAUUAAACCAGCUAAAAUCACUUGUGCACACUGCAAAAAUCCUUUACAGAAGGGACAGACAGCUUAUCAACGAAAAGGAUCAGUUCACCUCUUUUGUUCUACUAUCUGCCUUUCUUCCUUCUCUCACAAGCGUGCUCCAAAGAACCGAAAUGUAAUAUGUAAAAAAGAUGCCCCUACCAAAAAGGCUUCAGUUCCUCAAGUGGAAUUCAAUGAAUCCAUCCAAGCAUUUUCUAGUAUAUCUUCUUUGUCUCCUUAUGAAGGCAAUCAGAAGCUCAGAAAAAGAGUCCUAAAUAAAUCAAGAUGUACAGUCUGUAGUAAACUAACAGAGAUUCGCCAUGAAGUCAGUGUUAAUAAUGUAAUACAUAAACUCUGCAGUAACCAGUGCUUUAAUAAGUACAGGUUAGCCAAUGGUCUAAUAAUGAAUUGCUGUGAACAAUGUGGAGAGUACUUGCCCAGUAAAAGUGCUGGAAACAAUGUCCUGGUAAUUGAAGGUCAGCAGAAAAGAUUUUGCUGCCAACGUUGUAUUAGUGAAUAUAAACAGAUGGUGGAAACAAAGUCAAAAUUAUCAGCAUCAGAAAACAGAAAAAGGAAUGCUGUUAGAGAAGAAAAUGGAAGGAAAUCAUGUGUAUCAUUGAGUACAUGCUUGGAAAAAAUAGAGGAAAUACCGGGAAAAAAGGAAAAGACUUCAGAGCUGCAAGUUUCAGUAGAAUAUAGUAAAAAUAUAUCACUGUUUAAACAGGAUGUGCGUUUACCUUCUAUGUUAACCAUACCCGAUAAAUUGCAAGAGAAAAACUCAGAAGAUUCUGUAAUACCCAUUGAGCUUUCUGCAGAUCCAGGUACAUGGCCCCGGAUUUUGAAUAUUAAACAACGAGACACUCUUGUUGAAAAUGAGCCUCCUCAAAUAAGAAAUUUUAACUUUCCAAAAGACAAUACAGGGAGGAAAUUUUCAGAAACCUAUUACACACGAAUUUUUCCAAAUGGUGAUAAAACCACUAGAUGCUGGUUGCUUUAUUCAACCUCAAAAGAUUCUGUGUUUUGUCUAUAUUGCAGACUCUUUGGGGAAGGAAAAAAUCAGCUGAAGAAUGAGAAUGGGUGCAAAGAUUGGCAGCACUUAUCUCAUAUUCUUAGUAAACAUGAAGAAAGUGAAAUGCACAUUAACAAUGGUGUUAAGUAUUCAAAAUUAAAAUCUGAUUUGAAGAAGAAAAAAACUGUUGAAACUGCAAAACAGAUUACAUGAUAAUGAGAAAAAUGGUAUGCUAUUGUACACAUAUACCUAAUUUUGGUUUUUGACAUAUCAGCAUCAAAUAUUUACUCAGAAAAGAUGUACACUAACUGUAUUACUGGUUUUGUGAGGUUCCUGUACAGAGUAACUGGCCAUAGUUUGUUAGCAAUAAGUAUCAUACCAAAUUAAUAGCAAUGAAUGUUUCCAUUCCAAAUUCUAAAGCUAAUUGGAUUCAAUAGUCAUUGCAGGUCUCAAUAAAAUUAAUUGUUAAUUUUC